AGUAAACAUAAAUAAUAAGUUUUUAAUUAUAAAGAACAAAAAAUUCGAGAAAGACCAUAAAAAAACACAAACACAACACAAGAUAGUCUAAUCUUAUUCCUCUUUCCUGAACUCCUGCGGCGUAGAUCCGAGGAGUUUCAGACAAAAACAACACUCUUUACAAACCCUAAUACACUCUCUCUUUCAGAUCUUUUUCCUCAUCUCUAAUCAAUCAUGGCUGGCUUAACACCGGAAGGUUCUCAGUUUGAUGCUCGUCAAUUUGAUGCCAAAAUGACUGAGCUGCUUGGCACUGAACAACAGGAGUUUUUUACAUCAUAUGAUGAGGUUUAUGACAGUUUCGAUGCUAUGGGCUUGCAAGAAAACCUUCUUAGGGGCAUCUAUGCUUAUGGUUUUGAGAAGCCAUCUGCUAUCCAGCAAAGGGGUAUUGUUCCUUUUUGCAAGGGUCUUGAUGUAAUCCAACAGGCACAAUCUGGAACGGGAAAGACAGCAACUUUCUGCUCUGGAAUUCUCCAGCAGCUUGAUUACAGCUUAGUGGAAUGUCAGGCCCUGGUUCUGGCUCCAACCCGUGAGCUCGCCCAACAGAUUGAGAAGGUUAUGCGAGCACUUGGUGACUAUCUUGGUGUGAAGGUUCAUGCUUGUGUAGGAGGUACCAGUGUCCGUGAGGAUCAGCGUAUCCUUCAAAGUGGUGUUCAUGUGGUGGUUGGUACUCCUGGACGUGUCUUUGACAUGUUGCGCAGGCAGUCUCUUCGCCCUGACCACAUCAAGAUGUUUGUUCUCGAUGAAGCUGAUGAAAUGCUGUCAAGAGGUUUCAAGGAUCAGAUUUAUGAUAUUUUCCAACUGCUGCCACCCAAGAUUCAAGUUGGUGUUUUCUCUGCCACAAUGCCUCCAGAGGCCCUUGAAAUUACUAGGAAGUUCAUGAACAAGCCUGUGAGGAUUCUCGUGAAGCGUGAUGAGCUCACUCUUGAAGGUAUCAAGCAAUUUCAUGUCAAUGUUGAAAAGGAAGAGUGGAAACUUGAAACUCUUUGCGAUCUCUACGAGACCUUAGCCAUCACCCAGAGUGUCAUCUUUGUGAACACCAGGCGCAAGGUUGAUUGGCUAACUGAUAAAAUGCGCAGCCGUGAUCACACAGUGUCUGCAACUCAUGGAGACAUGGACCAGAACACUAGAGAUAUCAUUAUGCGAGAGUUCCGAUCUGGGUCAUCUCGUGUGCUCAUCACUACUGAUCUUCUGGCACGUGGUAUUGACGUGCAGCAAGUGUCCCUUGUGAUUAACUAUGACCUACCUACUCAGCCAGAAAACUACCUGCAUCGUAUUGGUCGUAGUGGACGAUUUGGAAGGAAGGGUGUUGCUAUCAACUUUGUCACAAAGGAUGAUGAAAGGAUGCUUUUUGACAUUCAGAAGUUUUACAAUGUUGUGAUUGAGGAGCUGCCAGCCAAUGUGGCCGAUCUCCUUUGAGGCGGUUUUGGUUCUGUGAGGUGAAUUAAUCCUUACAUUAAGUAAUUUAAUAUUUUAUUCUUAGGUUAGUUAGAAUUGGGAAAUGCAGUUGCCGUGGUUUGCCAUGGAACCUGUAGUUUUCCAAUUUGGUUGGACUUAUCUACUAUUGCAAAUUUUGUUGGGUUGUCUUUUUGUUUUGGAAGUCCACAACUACUCCAGGUUUUGGAUGUUUUACGGAUUUAUUUUAUUGAGUUUAACUCUUGGCCUUGCUUUUUUGUUGUUGUAUGAGGAAGGCUUUUGGAGGCAAUUUUGUUCAUCAGUAUUGUGUGAUCGUUUCUCUU